AUGAUAAAAGGAAACAUUUACCUUUUAACAUAUUUUCUAAUAAUAAAUUUUAUUCUUUGUACAAAUAUUCAGAGCAUAAGUAGGAAAACAAAAAACGUUCCCUUACUUCCUUUUUUCUUCACCUUACCUUAUACCAAGCGCAUAAAAAGAAGUGACUUGCAGUCAAAAAGGGAUUGUACCUUUUUUACAGGAAUUAAGCCCAGCGGAAAUAUACAUCUUGGAAAUUACAUUGGAUGCUUACAUCCAAUCAUAAACGUUGAAGCUACAAAGAAAUGUUCAAACAACCUAUCUAAUAAAAAUGAAAGUGUUAUCAAAUUAAAUAAAAUUAUACUUAUUGCGGAUCUUCAUUGUUUAACUAAGCUAAGCAAUAUUUAUUCUUUGAAGGAUAAGGUUAUUGAUUCUGUAAAAAUCAUAAUCUCCUUAAUAAUAGAUAUGUAUAAGAAAAAACAAAGUUACGUAGAUGUAUAUAUUAAUAAUGUCAAACUAGAAGAUAUAUUACAAUUAAUAGAAAACAAGGAACCAAAUAAAUCAAACCACAACAACGAAAAUAAUAAUAAUAAUAAUUUGUAUGAACAAAUCGCGUCGCAUACAUCACAAUUUCAUAAUCACAUAAAAACAGAUAACCUCGGAGGUGAUAUGAAUUGUGUAGAAUUCCCAUCGCAAGAAUGUCAUAAUCAUAAAAACAAACCUAUUAAACAAAAACAUUAUUUUUAUAUUUUUAAACAAUCAGAUAUAAAAUUACAUACGUCUUUAUAUUAUUUAAUAAAUUCUUUUACAUCCAUAAAUAUGUUAAAUUCACAUAUACAUAUAAAAAUGGGUGGUCAUAAUAAAUCAGUAGCUUUAUUUUCUUACCCAAGUUUAAUGCUUGCCGAUAUUUUAUUAUAUAAACCAACCUAUUUAAUUAUAGGACAAGAUCAAAUAAAAAAUAUGGAAAUAAUGAAAAAAUUAUGUAGAAAAAUAAAUUAUCAUUUUUCGAAUGUUGCCAAGUUACCAAAAAUAUUUUUUUCUAAAUUUUAUUCAGAAGUCAUGAAUUUAGAUGGUCAUAAAAAAAUGAGUAAAAAUCAUUUAUUACAUCAUGAUAAGGAUACAUCCAAAAUUAUUUAUCUUCUGGAUAAUAAAAAAACAAUAGAAAAUAAAAUUAAAAAGAGUAAAACAGAUAAUUACAAUAUAUUAAUAUAUGGUCAAGAAGAUAGAAAAGAAAUAAAUAACCUUAUAAAUAUUUUCUUCUUUUUUUAUUACCAUCAAAUAAAAAAUAAAAAAUACAUAAACAGAACUUGUAAUAAUAACGAAAAUGACAAUAAUGAGAAUCAGAAUAUAUCAAAAUUAUCAUAUAUUUAUGAUGAACAUCAAUUAUUUAUAAAUAAUCAACGUACACAUAAUUAUUUAAACGAUUUUACAAAUAAUCCUAAUUUCUCUCAUUAUAAACAAAAUAAUAUAAAUCCACAUUUUAAUCAAAACAUAAUAAAUAAGAUAUUACAUUCAUAUAAUAAUAAUUAUUCAAAGUUUAAAUAUGAUUUAUCACAAUUAAUAUAUAAUCAUUUUAUUACAACCAAAAUAUAUUAUAAUUCUUUUAAUACUAGACAUGAUUUAAUUCAUUCAAUUUUACAAAAUGGGAAAAAAUGUGUACACAGAAGAGCAUCUCAAAUGUAUAAGGUCAUCAAGAAGAAAUUAAAUAUAUAG